AUGGCUACUCACGAUGAGAAGAAAGUGCAGCAAUGGACCACAGAAGAGCAGAUUGAAGACCUGAAGGACCGUGAGACGUUCGAUGAGAUCACGGCGCUCUCUGGCAUCGAAGCCACUGCGGCAUCAAGAGCCGCAUGGCUCAUAUCGAUCACUGUCUCUCUAGGUGGUUUCCUCUUCGGUUACGAUACCGGCUACAUCUCCUCCGUCCUCGUCAGCAUUGGCACAUCCCUCGGCCAUGAGCUUUCCUCCAGCGAACAGGAACUCGUCACAUCCCUCACCUCAGGCGGCGCCCUUGUGGGCGCUGUCUUUGCCGGACUCGCAGCUGACAAGCAUGGCCGCAAAUGGCCCGUUUGGGGAGCCUGCAUUGUCUUCGUCAUUGGUACAGUUCUGCAAACAGCCGCCUACUCUGUUGCCCAAUUCGCAGUCGGAAGAUUUGUCGUUGGAUUGGGAGUCGGUUCCGCAGCGAUGAUCGUGCCUGUCUACAUCGGAGAACUUGCACCUGCCAAGUACCGUGGCAGAAUGAUCGCUUUCAACAAUAUGAGUGUCACGUUUGGCCAGCUGGUUGCCAGUGCGAUUGGUGCAGGACUCGCGGAAGUUCCAGGAGAAGGAUGGCGAGGCACAGUCGGGAUUGGAGCCUUCCCAGCAGUCGCACUUGCAAUCAUGCUGUUCUGGUGUCCGGAAUCACCUCGUCAACUUGUCGCCCACGGCAAGACGGAUGCUGCUGAAGCAGUUCUUCUUCGGUUGUAUCCGACUUCAACGCACGAGCAACGUAUCGCAAAGAUACGUUCCAUUGAGGUGUCCAUCGAGGAGGCUACUUCGAGCUUGGUACCAGAAUCUCUGUGGACGGUCUUCAAGCGUAUCUUCAACACACCUGCCACCGCGCGAGCCGUUCUCACUGCAUGUUUGAUCAUGGGUAUUUCCCAGCUCGGCGGUUUCAACACUCUCAUGUACUACUCUGCCACGCUCUUUGCCAUAGUCGGCUUCAAGAACGCCACAGCAGUCGCCAUAGUCGUGUCCGGCACAAACUGGAUUUUCUCCGGAGUAAAUCUGGUCUUGGUAGACAGAUUCGGUCGCCGCAUCCUUCUGGUUGUAUCAGUCGCAGGCAUGUCGAUUUGCAUGAUGAUCGCUGCAAUCGCAUUCCACUACAUUCCAAUCAACCUCAGCACUCUCGAGCUAGAAACCGAUGACGCAGGCUGGGCAGGAAUCGUGGUCCUUGUGACGAUUAUCUGCUACGUAGGAUUUUACUCAUCUGGUGUUGCUACCAUUGCCUGGAUCGGGACGGAGUUGAUUCCGUUGGAAGUUCGUGCUCUUGGAACCAUGUUGAAUACGGUCACUUGCUGGUCCACGAAUAUCAUCAUUGCCUCGACUUUCUUGUCCAUGAUGAAGGGGAUCACACCUUCGGGAGCAUUUGGAUUCUACGCGGGUAUUUGCUUCUUUGGCUGGCUCUUCAUCGUGUUCUGCUAUCCAGAUGUGAAGGGCAUGCCGCUCGAGACUAUUAGACAUGUCUUCGAGCAUGGCUUUGGUUUGAAAUACUCGAGGCAGUGGCAGAAGGACAACAAGCAUCUGGCUAAGGCCAGCCAGGCGACUUUUGGUCACUAA